AGAUUUCUUUCGGAUUGCUUUGGAUCACUCUCCACCUGCAUCCAAAGGGGGGUGUAGGGCAGGAGCGUGUGGCCAUCCCCCCGAAAUCAGUCCCCAAAUGGCUGUCCUUCCUUCCACGGGGGGUUGAUCCCGUCCCCCCUUGGAACUGUUUGCCGGCACUUUCACGUUCACAGACUAUUUUGGGAGGGUUUAAAAAUAUCCUCCACACGCUCCCUGCUACUGAUACCGCCCGCACCCCGGAUUGGGGCUGUGCACGGACCGCGGGGGCCGCGUCCAGCCCCAUCUGGGUGCCCCAUCCCAACCGCUGUGAUCUCCAUGACAACGCUGCCUCCAGCUCCCACCUCCUCCCCGGGUUUGGAUCCCAUCGCGCUGAUGGCUCGGGGCGGUCGGCAGCGGACCGAGGAUGGCCUCGAUGUUCGGCAAACCGCGGGUCAGCACCGAGCGACCGCCGCAGAGCCCCGUGGCAGAGUGCAACGUGGCCAUCCUGGGCUGCCGGGGGGCCGGAAAGUCAGCACUGACAGUGAAGUUUCUCACCAAGAGGUUUAUCAGCGAGUACGACCCCAACCUGGAGGACACCUACGCCUCGGAGGAGCUGGUGGACCAGCAGCCCGUGCUGCUGAAGGUGAUGGACACGGCCGACCAGGACGGCCCCGUCAACUGCGAGCGCUACCUGCACUGGGCCAACGCCUUCCUCGUUGUCUACAGCAUCGACAACAGGAGGAGCUUUGAGGGCUGUGGCCGCUACCUCGAUGUCCUCGCCCGGCACGCGCGGGGCUGCCAGCGCCAGAGCCCAGUGCUGCUGCUGGGCAACAAGCUGGACAUGGAGCAGUACAGGCAGGUGACCAAAGCCGAAGGGAUGUCCCUGGCCACCAAGUUUGGGUGCCUGUUCUACGAGGUGUCGGCGUGCCAGGACUUCGCGGCGGUGCAGCACGUCUUCCACCAGGUGGUGCGGGAGCUGCGGCGCGAGGCAGAGCACAGCCCAGCCCUGCGGCCUCUCUUCGUCGCCGAGGAGCAGCCCUGCCUGGCCGUGGCCACCCGGCAUGGCCUGGCCAGCUGCACCAUCAACACUCUGUCUACUGCCAACCUCAAGGAGAUCCCCUCGGUGGCCCAGGCCAAGCUGGUCACUGUCAAGUCGUCGCGAGCUCAGAGCAAAAGAAAAGCGCCCACGCUCACCUUGCUAAAAGGUUUCAAGAUAUUUUGAGGUGCAUCCCUUCCCUGUCCUGCAGGGGGCUGGUAGCACUGGGGAUGGGGACCUCAUCCCACUGACCCCUGCACAGCCCUGCCUGGGUGAUGCAUCUGUGGAUUUGGGCUCGCCUGGAGCCAAGAAGCAUUGCUGGAGAGCCGUGCUGUGCAUGGCUGCUCGGGCUUCUGUGUGUGAAUGGGACCAACUCACCAGCAGGCAGAUGGGAACCCAGGGAGUGAGAACCGCUCCUUCAUCAAACACAGAGAUGCCUGUGUCUCACGGGUCCCCUCACCAAGCAAUAACCAGGAAGAAUUCAUUUUUUUCCUCCAAAUGAGAAAGAUGUGGAGAAUGUCACAGGUGACUGCGGGCCUCAGGUGCCCUGAAACUGGUCCCUGUGCAUUGAAGUAAGGAACACCAAAACAGCUGGUUUUUUAACCAACUUUUUACAGGACUAUGUUCCUUUUCAAAGGUUUUGCAAGCAGAGAUGCUUCAUCGACCAGAACACAUUCUUAAAAGCUUUUCUUUAAAAAAAAACUGUUGUCUUUUCCAAAUGUCUUAAGUUAUUUCACGGCCUCCAUGUGUGCCCUGUGAAGGGUGUGAAGCAGAUCCUACAGCAGAGUGCUGUGUGCCAUAGGCAGGCUGUGCCCAUGCCAAGGCCCGGGGCUGUGUGCUCGUGUUUCUUGAGGUGAACGUUCUGCUUCUCCCCAGAGUCGCAUCUAUCCGCAGAGCAAGAUACCAUGUGCAUAUUUGUACAUACAUUCAUACAGAUACGACUACAGUGAUUAGAGAGAUUCAACACAGGAUUUUGAUCGAGCACUUUGGAAAAUAUUUUAAUAAAGGUAACUUUUGAAAAGAACAAACGCUCCCCUGCUUCAGUGUCAGUGUUUCCAUGUCUGCAGGUGAGGGCCUGGGCCCUGGCUGACUGUGAGCCCCCACCUCUCCUC